UGAAGGUCUGGACAAGUCCACAUGUCGACUGCAAGCAGCAUGCAGAGGUUGACAACAACUGAUGCCUUGUCAUAUCUCAAAACUGUGAAAGAAAUAUUUCAAGAUAAAAGGGAUAAAUAUGACGAGUUUCUCGAUGUCAUGAAAGAUUUUAAAGCUCAAAGAAUUGAUACGACUGGUGUUAUAACGAGAGUGAAGGAGUUAUUUAAAGGUUACAGAGACCUAAUUCUGGGCUUCAAUACCUUUUUACCAAAGGGGUACGAAAUCACCCUCCCACUCGAUGAUGAUCUGAGGAAGAAACCCGUAGAAUUUGAAGAAGCAAUCAGUUUUGUUAACAAAAUCAAGACUAGAUUUCAAGGAGACGAUCAUGUGUACAAAGCAUUCCUUGACAUUUUGAACCUGUACAGAAAAGAUAAUAAAUCUAUAACAGAGGUUUAUCAGGAGGUUUCAGUUCUUUUCCAGAACCAUGCUGAUCUACUUGUCGAGUUCACUCAUUUUCUACCUGAUACUUCGGGUGUUGUCUCCACAGCGGCACUAACAAGGACUAAUCAUGUUGAAAAGAAACCUGCUGUUUCAUAUGCUGUUGGUGAACGUUAUAACAAUCAACCUGAUACAGAGCAGUGGAAUCAGGUCGAAAAAGAAAAGGGGAAACGAGAAGAAAGAGACAUAAAUGAGUGGGAGAAUGAUGACGGCUUAGAUCACAAAAAAAAUCAUGCUCGACAGGAUGGUCACGCAUCCGACCAGUUACACAGAGGUAGGGCAAAGAUGCUAAGAGAAUUAAAGACAUUAACUCCUNAGAUGGAAUCCACUUUCCGUGAGAAAGUGAAGGAACGGUUACAGGCAGCUGAAAAUUACGAAAAAGUUUCAGAUUGCAUCUGUUCUUUUAAAAGCAAGUUUGUCCCAGCCGCUGAGUUUCGGAAGCUGGUGGCUAGUUUAAUUGGAGAAUAUCCAGACCUUAUGGAGGCAUGUGAAGAUUUCAUAACAUACAUUGAGAAGUCUGGUAGCUUGCGGACCAAUAAACACGUUUUCAGAUCAUUAAAGGUAGAUGAAGAUGAAGAUGACCAUGAUAGGGAAGACAAAGAUAAAACUAAAGACAAUGAUAACAGAGAAAGGGAUAGACAUGAUAGAGGUCUUGCCUUUAACUCUAGGGAUAUCGCAGGACAGAAGAUUUCAUAUGCAAGCAAAGAUAAGUCUAUGGCGAAACCCAUUCAUGAACUUGAUCUCUCGGACCGCGAGAACUGCACUCCAAGUUAUCGGCUUCUACCAGAAAAUUAUCCGAUCCCAUCAGCAAGCUGUAGAACAGAGAUUGGCAACCAAGUGCUGAAUGAUCGUUGGGUGUCGGUUACUUCAGGAAGUGAGGAUUACUCAUUCAAACACAUGCGCAAAAAUCAAUAUGAAGAAAGUCUGUUCCGGUGUGAGGAUGACCGGUUUGAACUUGACAUGCUGUUGGAAUCUGUGAAUGCGACAGUUAAGCAUGUUGAGGAACUGUUGGACAGAAUGAAUGCUCAUACUACUAAGGCAGACAGUUUUAAUAUUGAAGAAUGUUUGUCAGCCCUUAGCUUACGAUGUAUUGAGCGUUUAUAUGGUGACCAUGGGCUUGAUGUGAUGGAUGUAUUGAGGAAGAAUGCACCUCUAGCCCUGCCAGUCAUUUUAACUAGGUUGAAGCAGAAGCAGGAAGAAUGGGCAAGGUGUCGUGCUGAUUUUAAUAAAGUUUGGGCUGAUAUUUAUGCUAAGAACUAUCAUAAAUCACUCGAUCAUAGGAGCUUCUAUUUUAAGCAGCAGGAUACAAAGAACUUGAGCGCUAAAGCUGUAGAUUUGGUCAAAUUCACUUUUAUCAGCUUGUCCAUUGUGCUAGCUGGAAGUUUAGUGUUUAUUGAUGGUGAAGCUUAUCGGAUAAGUUAUCAUGCAGAGAACACACAAGGCAUUUCUCUUUCAUUGCUUGCUGAGAUAAAAGAAAUGGGGGACAGGAAUCAGAAUGAAGAUGAAAGCCUCCUUGCCUCGAUUGCUGCUGGUUAUAAACAGCCAAUUAAACCUGAUAUGGUAUUCGAAUAUCCUGAUCCGGAAAUCCAAGAAGAUCUUCAUCAGUUGAUGAAGUAUUCAUGCGGGGAACUUUGCGGCCCCGAACAGCGGGACAAGGUCAUGAAGGUGUGGACAACUUUCCUCGAGCAAGUGAUGGGUGUUCCUUCUCAUUCUUCCUCCACUGAGGACAAAGAAGUUGCUGAUAACGAAAAUUGUCUUGUUGACAAAAGUGUGGAAAAUAUUGGUGAAGUGAAUAAUAAUAACCCUGCUGAUGGAUCUACUGGUGUUGAUAAUUUUGGUAACAUGGGUGCUGUGUUAUAUGAUGCUCCCGAAGAUGGAGAAAUGCAGAUUGAUGCCAAAAUGAUGUCUGCUAGCAAACAAGCCAGUUUCUUAGAUGAAGGAACUUCAAGUUCUCUGGGAGUGAAGGGCAUCAAGGAGGAAGAUCCUUCGGUUGCAUUGAAGGGUAAAUCCGAAGGUGUCAAGAAACACCAUGAAGAAUCCCAAGACUGCACCAAAAACGAGCGGGAAGAGGGCGAACUCUCCCCAAAUCGAAAUUCCGAGGAGCUCGAUUUCCCAUUACCUGCAGAUAAUGGUACCAAAGAGGAAAAGACAAUUGUUGUUGCUGAUGAAGAAUGUGAGGAGAGCCCGCGGGCCUUGUCGGACAGCGAGAAUGUUGCGUCCGAAAAUGUGGAAGAUGUCUCCGGAAGCGAUUCGGCCAAUGGGGACGAGUGCUCGCCUCACGCCAAUGAUGACGAGAGUGAAGUCGAGGUCGAAGGGGCGGCGCCUUUGGCAGUUAGACUCCCAAAGGGUUCGCGUGGAGGGGAGGAGUGUCGUGGGGUGUUCUAUGGGAAUGACUCUUUCUAUCUGCUCUUUCGGCUUCACCAGAUGUUAUACGACAGAAUGCUGAGUGCAAAGUUGCAUUCCUCGUCAUCUGAAAACAGAUGGAGAAUUUCAAAUGGUGCUAAUCCAACAGAUACAUACGCAGGCUUUAAGAAUGCUCUUCGCAGUUUGCUGAAUGGAUCCUUUGAUAAUGCUAAGUUUGAGGAUGAGUGCCGAGCCAUAAUUGGCGCUCAGUCUUAUGUCCUUUUCACAUUGGACAAGCUGAUUCAUAAACUUGUCAAACAGCUACAAAAUAUUGCAUCAGAAGAGAUUGAUAACAAACUCCUCCAACUCUACACAUAUGAGAGAUCUAGAAAUGCUAAGAUAUUCUCUGAUGAAGUUUACCAUGUGAACGCCCGUUUUCUUCUCCCCGACGACAACUUGUACCGAAUAGAAUGUUUGCCUUGUCCAACGCGUCUGACUAUUCAAUUGAUGAGAAAUGAAAGUGAUAAGUUUGAACCAAUAGCCGUCUCCAUGGAUCCUGAAUUCGCAGCUUAUUUGAAAAAUGAACUACUCGUGGUUGUCCCGGAAAGAAUGGGAAAACCUGGGGUGUACUUGAAAAGGAACAAAAUGAAAAUCUAUAAUGGAGAUGAAAUUUCUGAUUUUGAGAAAGCCAUGGAAGGACUUGUAGUUUACAGUGGUGUGGAACUGAAAGUGAACAGCGUCACAAAGAAGGUUGCGUAUGUUUUGGGAACAGAAGACUUGUUGUACCGGAAGAAAGCAAGAAGGCGGGCUUUGUAUCAUUUACCGCCACAUGGCACUUCCAAUGGCAACUCGCAGCCCAUCAAACGUCGCAAGUUGCUAUUUAGUUGAAGUCAAUAAUUUUCUUUUCUUCUUUUCUUUUCAUAUGCUGAGGUGAAGGGACUUGAGUCAUUUACUAGUGAGAAGUGGACUACAUUUACUUUUUUCUCUGACUUCAAUCUAAAAGACCUUUUGGUUUCGAUCUGAAAUAAAGAGUGAAGACGAGGUAUUAUAGCCCCCUUUGGAUUUGAAUGAGAUUAGUUGUUGUACAAGUAAAAUUUGUACAAGUAAAAUGGGGGAAC